GAAUCUCGACCCCGACGCUUCUCCGUGCGCUGGGAGGGCACCCAACAGGUUGUGGAAGAUAUGCUUCCCACCUUCGAGGCUGGACCAGAAGCCUAUGAUCGGAUGCCAGCUGCCAUGCGAAAUGUACAGCUCGCUGCUUUGGCAUCGGCCUUCACAGCCGCGGCUUCUUUGUCAGUGCCGCUGCACGCAACGUUUUGGGGGGGCCCAAGGCUGCUCGUGGAUGUCGCACCCGAAGCUGCGACCGGCAAACAGGUGGCUUCACAGAGACUUUUGUUGGACACCGGAUCUUCCACGCUGGCUUUCUGUGAGCAAGGACUGCUCCAGCAGACGCUUUACGAGAUGACGGACUAUGUGUCCUGCAACGCCUACAACCCAGGUGGCAACUACACAGGAUAUUGGGGGCCUUUCGUGGUCGGCGAUCUCACCGCAGGCAACCUAUCCAUGCACAACUCCACCUACAGUGUCAUGGCAAACCAGGUCGGUAUGCCCUGCGGCGAUGGCGUUGAAGGGAUCUUCGGAAUUGCUUUCCAGCAGCUCGAUGCAGGCGUGCCCGUCGAGUCUUUCUCGAACUGGAACGACACCGCAUCGUGCCCCAUCAAGAACGAAACGUUUUUGCCGCCACCGCUGCUGCAUCAGCUCCAGGCUUCCGGCGGUGUGGAGAUGCUGGGCAUCUACUGGUCCGGAGACAUUGGAGAAGAGCAGGCGAGGCUCUACAUCGAUGAGGAUGCCGUAAACGAGCACUACGACGCCGAAUCCGUUGUGGGCCCUGUUGCCUUUGGGGAGCUGGGCUGGUUUGACGUGAAUAUUCAGCGGAUCUCCGUGGGUGAUGAGGAGUUUGUGGGCUUCAACUGCACAGGGAGGGCGAUCGGCCAGUGCACCAUGGACACCGGAACCCCUACUCUAUUCUUGCCACAAGCUGUAGUCAAUCACUCCAGCCAGCUGCUGGAGCAGGGCGAGUCCGCCAACCUCACCAUUUGGCUUGAAGGAGCCUCCGGAGAGGCAGUGCCGGUGUCCUUCGAUCUCGCCGCCCUCGGCAACAACUCUCUGGAGGGCAACUCCCAAGACAGCAGCGACAUUAUCCUCGGAAUGCCCCUUUGGGCCUUCUACUACACGGUCUUCAACAUCACGGGCCACUCCGUGUCCCUGAUCCCACAUCCGAUCGAAGCUGCAGCUGCCAUUCCUGUGGCGGAAAACUUCGUGGCGGAGAACGCUGCAAGAUUGGAGGUGGUGUCGCCGCAGCCGCCCGAGCCCGAGCCGCCUCCGACUCCGGCGGCAUCUCUGCCAGGAGGCACUUCCAAGAUCGACGGCCCGGACGUUUCGGAAGCACCUCCGGGCUUGGAGGUAUGGCAGAUCCACACUCCGCGCCCUGCUUCUGAGCCCAUGGAGUCCGUCACCAAGCCGCUGGGAAUCCACUGCCGUUGGGGCCGAGUCACUGUGGAGCCAGACGUCGGAGCAGAAUGCCAACCGCACGACCUGCGAGGCCGAGUCACUGUGGAGCCAGACGUCGGAGCAGAAUGCCAACCGCACGACCUGCGAGGACUCACGAAGCUCGCUUCACUGCUGCCAUCCUCCCUCUUCACAUCAACCUCGAUUGCGCAAGUUGCGGAGCUUUUCCGGGAGGUUCAGGCACAGCGCAUUCUGCUGAGGGUGGGUGGGCCGAUGAAGGUAGCCCUCCGAUCUGGUUGGCUGGAGCAGUCGCAGCUGCCCCAAAGCAUCGUCUCCCAAAAAGGUCUCGAAGACCUGGCUGCAAGGCUCGGCUGGAAAGCCCCGGAAUCGAUGCCCGCUGGCCCGGUGCCAUUGGCCGGGACAUUGCAUCGAGUGAGCUUCGGCUUGUCGGUGACGAGGCAGCUGUGUUUGGCCACCAUCCACAUCGGCCGAAGUCUUCUCGUGUCUUCGGCGAUUGCCCGGGAAGUGCUGUCAACCGGCUCUGUGGGCUUCCUUGGCCCGACCAGCAGCGGCAAGACCACAAUCCUGCGUGCUGCAGCCGCAGCGCUGUCGAUGCAGGAGCAGGUCCUUGUUGUGGAUUUUCGUUCUGAGCUGAUGGGUGUGGCGGUCGACGCUUGCGAAAUCGGCUUGGAGCACGCCGCGUACUUGGUGCCUCCACCCGGGGUCGAAGAGGAGGAGGAAGCCAUCCAGCGUGCCAUUGAAGACCACGCACCCGAGGUCGUCGUCGCCGAGUUCGCGCUGCCGAUCUCCGCACUGAGGGCGGCCAAGCGGUGCGCCGAGGCUGGCGUCCGCAUGGUUUGCAGCCUCCGCUGCACCAUGAAGGCCGUGGCGUCCUGCCUGGAAGAGGGAGCCUGCGAGGACUUUCCCUUCGCUUCUUUGGUGGAGCUGUCGAGGAAGCAGCUGGGUGGCUGGCGCGUGUACCGGCCAGCGGCAGAUGCUGUCGGCGCGCUGGG